AUGACGGCGCGUGUGAUUCCAACCAUCCUAGAUCCUCUCAAUGCAUCCGCGCUGAACAAGCUCCCGGAGGUCGAGCCACCCUCUAAGAAGCGCAAAUUCGGACACGACCCCGCUGCUGGACAGCUAUCUACGACAUCAAUAGUGAUCAGAGCCCAUGCCGCUUCAUUAUCAGAUGAACCACUCGUCUUCGAACCCAUUACUGCUCUCCCACGCUCCAGAUUACCUCUCUCCUGGAUAGAAGACGCGUCAUGGUCGCAUUCAGAUGCGCAUUCCGGUGCUCUCUUCGUCGCUGAUAUCCCCGCCCUUGAAACCGAUCUAUGCACCCGAGUCGAACCAACCGUUCUCGCCGUGCGACUCGUUGCUGAUGGAUCUUCGUAUGUGGUUGAGCGCGUGAAGCGAGGCAUUUACUCGCUCACUAGACUUGCCCGGUGGGUACAGGAGGGUGAUAUUGUGGUUGCUGUGAAGGGAUGGCAAGGGACCUCACGAAUGGAUGUCGAGAUUGACGAGAAGGUUCUUCCAGCUUUGGAUUCUUUCAAUUGGUGGCAGGCAGCACAAAUUGAGGAGCCUGCUUCGGAUCUUGGUCUUGGAGAUGAGUUUGCGGGAUUGCAGGUGGCUGUUGUUUUUGAAGAGGCCGAUGUGGAUGUUGGGAGUGUUGCGCCCUCGUUCGUUGAUGUUUUGGAAUAUCGAGGUGCCUCUGUUGCACCUAGCUUCAAGGGGAGUGGCUUCGAUUUGGAGACCUCUUUUGCACCGGAGUCUCAGGGACCCGUGGAUGCUAUGGAUCUAGAUGUGGCUGCAGGUGCGGAUUCCAAUGGGCUCGAUGUUAAGCAGUCACCAGAAGAGCUAUUGGAUGCCAUGCGUGAUCAUUAUCUGCAAGCGCUCUACAUUUCAAAGACGUCUCUAGCCUACUUUGCUAAGGGUCCAUUGACUCGUUGCCGUACGGCAUUCCAAUCAGCUGGUUGUGAAAUUUCAGAAACACCUGCCAAUUUGAUCGAGUUCUAUCGAGAGGCUAUUUUGGCUGCCAAGAAAAUGGAUCUGAAAUACCGCGAAGCUCUGCCCGCGGCUGUUCGAGAUGCCAUACUUGCUGUAUCUGAUGGAGAGGAUGCGCCUCGUACUAAGAAACGGAAGAGCAAAAAGAAGAAACUUGGCAAAAAUGGCUUGUAUCCUGGAGAGGAUGGCUUCAUCAACAAGUGGUGGAAGGACAGGAACAUGUCCGAGACUUCAGCACAAGAGCACACUCGAGAAUCAGAGGCUAGGAAGUACAUCUCUGACCUUCGAUUACGCGAGACACAGCUGCAGAUCCUUUUGAUUUUGGAAGUGAUUGCCUUGGAAUCAACUCCCACUGAAGAGAAAAAGGACGCUGCCUCUGAUCAGGUGGCUGGAGAAGACAAGGAUGUAACUAAGAAGCCUAGAGCUAAGAAGCCUCAAGAUCUGAGUGUGCUCCUUGAACUGCAUUUGGAUCGAAUGUGUAUCUGGCAUGCUCCUUCAAUGAUGGUGCAAUGCCCGGGAAAAAAAGUUGAAAGCGACACAGUGCGCGACUUUUGCACCGAGGUCAUCAUCCCGUUCUAUGUGGCCCGUCUGCCAGACAAAUGCAAACUCAUUACCCGCAAGUUUGGAGUCUCUGGAGGCAUCUCGCCAGUGAGCAAGAAAUCAAACAAAAGAGAACGACCUGAGCCAGGAACCGAGAUUAAACGACAAGCCCCAGCACAAAAGCCUCGCCGAUCAUUGCAACGUGUGCUGACCGAUGAAAGAGCGGCAUCUCAAAUUAGACACCCGUCUCUAAGCAGGUCCAACACUGCACCAAGCAAACAAGAAAUCCGGCGUGAGUCUAUGGAACCACUGUUGCCUACGCUGCUCUCUGGCAAUGUGCGUGGUGGUAUCCAGGUUAAGCGUGUUGAGAACCGCGAAGUUGAUCUCAAUGCUGUUGCACGACAACAUGAGACUAAAUUGCGCAAAGUUCAGAUGCUGGCUGAUCAAAAGAAAGAACUUGAUGCAGCUAUUCUUGCUCUACGCAAGCCAAACCGAGAAUUGGUUGCGCAGGAUAUUGCCAAUGAUGCCACCAAACGAGUCCCUACUGGUGGAGGUAGCUCACGAAAAUCCAAAAAUCCAGUCCGUAAUCCCAAUGGUCAAGGUGUCCAGGUCAUGGCAACGCCUCGUGGGAACCGCAGGAGGGAAGUUGUCGGGCUUCCGCCAUUGCCACGAAGUCUGAAGCCUUCCAAAUCAUUUGCUGGAGAAAUGGAAAACCACUCCCUAGCAGAAUCUCCAGUGAUGAUUCCGUCUUCGAGUAGAAGGGCAACGUCGUUUUCAGGUCCCGAUUCAAAUCCAUUCAAGUCCCGUCGGACUGAUGGAAACGACAGUGCACGACGACAAGCUCCGACAGAACUCGGGUCUAUCCAAGAGACGCCCUCUCGCCCAGUAAACAGACUCUUAUUUGGCCCAGAUGCAGGCGACAAUGGGUUAUCCCGUGGACUGUCAUCUACAGGCAAAUCGGCAGAUCUCUUCCGCGUGCCUCAACUUCCUGAAUCUCGCAACGCAACUAUAGCCUCGACUAACCAGUCAAUGGCACCCACAACCCCAACUUCAUCACGGCGUAAGGACAUCGUCACAUCUACCCCUGAAUUCUCACGACCGCUCAGAAACCCCUUUGAAGGUGCACGCUCUUCAGCAGUUAUGGAAACACCGCCCAAGCAGCGUGGACCUGAGUCCAUGGCUGCUCCUCGCUUUAUCCCUGCAUCUCCCUCUAUGCCUGCAAUGGUGGUCAGCCAACCUCGUGCACCAUCUCCGCCAGCCGUGAUGGGUACCCCUGUCAAAGCUGCUGGAGUUAUUCCUGUGACACCGGACAAGUCACAAUCCAAGUCUAUCUACGAGCAGCUGGGCUGGGAUGAUGAUGACGAAAUGGAUACGUUUUAG